AUGCGCCUUUUACAACUCGACGAUUACCCCAGCUUCAGCCUGGCCGAGUUUGCCGAAGAUGAGGUUCCUCGCUAUGCCAUACUCUCGCACACUUGGGGACAUGACGGCGAUGAAGUCACGUACAAAGACAUCACAGAUGGCACUGGAAGUGGCAAGGCUGGCUACGACAAGCUCCACUUCUGCGCAGUCCAAGCCAAGACUGACGGGCUGGGCUACUGCUGGAUAGACACCUGUUGUAUCGACAAGACAAAUGCCGCCGAGCUUACCGAAAGUAUCAACUCCAUGUUUCGAUGGUACCAGAAUGCCAUCAAAUGCUAUGUUUUCCUUACGGAUGUCUCGGCUUCUAUGAGCGAAGAUGACAGAGACUCCCAGCUACGGAAUAGUCGGUGGUUCACUCGAGGCUGGACGAUACAAGAGCUCAUUGCUCCCCGAUGCGUCGAAUUUUUCUCGCAAAAGCGCGAGCUGCUUGGAGACAGAAAGUCGCUAGAAAAGCAGAUUCACCAAGUUGCUGGCAUUUCCAUUCACGCGCUUCGAGGGGAGCCGCUGUCUCACUUUACUAUCGAUGAGCGCAUGUUAUGGGCGGCAAACAGAAUAACCAAGCGACCCGAAGACAAAGUUUACUCUCUGCUUGGAGUUUUCGAUAUUCAUAUGGAAGCUAUUUACGGCGAGGGCGAGCAUCACGCAUUUCGGCGGCUCCUUAGGGAGCUCGAGAGAUAUUCGGAAAACCACCAACAGCCAAAAACACCCCUAGAAAAUCCGACAUGGGUUGUGCCGUUUGAGCGGAACUCUCGCUUCACUGGCCGUGAGCCUGAGCUGGCUCGGCUCGAAGAAAUGCUGUUCAGCAAGCAUCGUACCGCGAAGCUUGCGAUCACUGGACUUGGAGGUGUAGGAAAGACCCAGCUUGUUAUCGAGCUGCUGUACCGCGUCGCCGACAAGCAAAAGCACUGCUCGGUUAUCUGGAUUUCCGCAGUCAACAUGGAAAGCCUACACCAAUCAUACUUGGACGCUACUCGGCAGCUUGGCAUAUCUGGAUUUAAAGACAACAAGGCGGAUAUAAAGAGACUGGUGCAGGACCAUCUGAGCAAAGAAAGUACAGGGCGGUGGCUGCUAGUGUUCGACAAUGCCGACGACAUCUAUAUGUGGAUUGCCAAGGCUGGACCUGGGCUGCAGCAGCCUGGGCAGGGAUCGCACCCUUUGAUCGACUACCUCCCAAAGAGUAAGCAAGGAGCUGUUAUAUUCACGACGCGGGACAGGAAGAUAGCAGUCAAGCUCGCGCAACAGGACGUCGUGGACGUUCCGGAGAUGGGAGAAGACGCGGCUUCCCAAUUACUAGGGAAGUGCCUGGUUAAUACGGAGCUCGCCAAAAGCGGGAAAGAGACGGGUGCACUCCUUUUACAGCUCACCUACCUUCCGCUAGCCAUUGUCCAGGCAGCGGCGUACAUUAAUGAGAAUGCAAUAUUACUUACAGACUAUCUGUCGCUCCUGGUCGAACAGGAGGAAGAGGUGAUUGAUCUCCUUAGCGAGGAGUUUGAAGACGACGGGAGGUAUCGCGAUAUCAAGAAUCCGGUAGCCACAACGUGGUUAAUCUCGUUUGAUCAAAUCCGGCGGCGCGAUCGGCUGGCGGCCGAUUACUUGUCGUUUAUGGCCUGUGUAGAGCCAAAGGACAUUCCACAGUCUCUUCUUCCGCCAGGGGCGUCGCGGAAGAAGGAGGUGGAAGCGAUCGGAACACUUACCGCGUAUUCGUUCGUCAAUAGGCGGCCGGCCGACGAGUACCUCGAUCUCCAUCGGCUGGUGCAUUUAGCAACGCGGAACUGGUUGCGGAAAGAAGAGCUGCUUGCGCAAUUAACCGAGAAAACUAUUAUGCGACUAGAAGAAGUUUUCCCCGAUGAUAACCACGAGAACCGAAGCGUCUGGAGGGCUUACCUACCCCAUGCGCGCUAUAUGCUAGGGUCCAAUCUUGUGGAUAAAGAUUGGAAACCCAGGAUGGAUCUUAUGUGGAGGUACGGAAUGUGUCUUUACAAAGAUGGACGAUGGAAUGAGGCUGAAGAACCGAUUAAUCAAGUGUUCGAUAUGGAGAAAAGAGUGCUUGGCGCGGAGCAUCCCUCCACGCUGACCAGUAUGGCCAACCUGGCGUCGACGUACAGGAAUCAAGGCCGGUGGAAGGAGGCCGAAGAGCUGGAGGUGCAAGUGAUGGAGACAAGAAAGAGGGUACUUGGCGCAGAGCAUCCAGACACGCUGAGCAGCAUGGCCAAUCUAGCCAUGGCCAACCUGGCGUCGACGUUUUCGAAUCAAGGCCGAUGGAAUGAGGCCGAAGAGUUAGAGGUGCAAGUGAUGGAGACGAGAAAGAAGGUGCUUGGCGCAAAGCAUCCAGACACGCUGACCAGCAUGAACAAUCUUGCCUUCACGUGGAAAGCGCAGGGUCGAGAUCCAGAGGCUAUCGGUCUAAUGACGGAGUGUACACGGUUUCGAGAACGGGUUAUAGGGGCUACCCAUCCGCAUUUCAUUUCUUCCUCGAAAAUCUUAGCGGAUUGGGGCUUGAAUGAGGCGCUCGUAAAAUAG